UCACACUCAUGACUCCACUAACAGAACACCACCACCACCACCACGACCACUACCACCACCACCCUCCUCUUCACGGCGGCGUUCUGACUCCAAUGGCCUUCAACCACCGGAAAACCCAUUUCUCUCACCUCUUUCUCUUCACUCUCACCCUCCUCGCCCAUGCAAAUCUCAGCCUCCAUUCUUCAGACCGCGAAGCUCUCUUGAUCAUCCAAAAAGACUUCAGAGUCAACGGUCAACGCUUCUCCAUGGACACCCAAAGCCCCUGCAACUCCGCCGGAGUAUUCUGUGAGCGGCGAAUUUCAAACAAUUCGUACGUUCUCAGAAUCCACCGUCUCGUCUUCAAGUCUCAGCGGCUCGAUGGAUUCCUCUCUCCAGCGAUCGGACGGUUGUCUGAGCUCAAAGAGCUCUCCGUCUCCGACAACAGAAUCGUCGACCAAAUCCCGCCUCAAAUCGCGAAUUGCCGGAAAUUGGAAGUUCUGAACCUCCAGAAAAACCAAUUUUCUGGUGAUAUACCGGCGGAGAUAUCCUCCAUAAUUCGACUUCGAGUUCUUGACCUCUCUUCCAAUAAAUUUUCCGGGAAUUUGAAUUUCCUGAAAUACUUUCCGAACCUCGAAAAACUCUCUCUCGCAGACAACAAUUUCGCCGGAAAGGUACCCAUUUCAGUGCGAUCCUUCAGAAACCUCCGGUUCUUCAACAUCUCCGGCAAUGAUUUUCUGGACGGUUCUUCGGUGAUGAGCCGAGUCGAAAUUUCAUCACAGAAUACAAUUCCAAAGCGGUAUAUAUUUGCUCAGACUAAUAACCAAAAUCAAACCUCUGCAAUGGCGCCAAAACAUCACAAAAACAAGAAGAAGCUAAAAGGGUCAAUAAUCGGGUUCCUCGCCGGAGCAUUCGUCGGAGCCGUUUCCGGGCUGAUCUUUUCGGUCCUGUUUAAGGUGCUUCUGGUGUUGGUCAAAGGCAGAGUAAAAGUGUCCGGUCCGGCAAUCUACAGUUCAUUGAUCAAGAAAGAGGACUUAGCAUUUCUCGAGAAAGACGACGGAUUAGCUUCGCUGGAAAUCAUCGGAAGAGGUGGCUGCGGAGAGGUUUACCGGGCGGUUUUACCCGGCAGCGACGGAAAAAUGGUUGCUAUAAAGAAGAUCAUCCAACCCCCAAAGGAUGCUGCAGAGCUCGCCGACGAAGACAGUAAGCUUCCGAACAAAAAAAUGCGUCAGAUUAGGUCGGAAAUCAUUACGGUGGGUCGGCACCGGAAUCUUCUUGCCCUUUUAGCCCACGUGUCAAGGCCCGAUUGUCACUACUUGGUCUUCGAGCUCAUGAAAAAUGGGAGUUUACAAGAUGUGUUGAACGAUGUGUCACAAGGGAAUAGAGAAUUGGACUGGUUGGCUAGGCACAGAAUUGCAAUAGGUAUCGCAGCCGGGCUCGAGUACCUGCACAUGAGCCACACCCCCAUGAUUAUUCACAGAGAUAUAAAGCCCGGUAAUAUUCUCUUGGACGUUGACAUGGAGGCUCGGAUCAGUGAUUUCGGGCUCGCCAAGGCGAUUCCCGAGGCCAUCACCCAUGGCACGACGUCCAGCGUGGCGGGAACGGUGGGUUACAUCGCCCCCGAGUACUACCAGACGCUCAAGUUUACUGACAAGUGCGACGUGUAUAGCUUAGGAGUGUUGUUGGGGGUUUUGGUGAUGGGAAAGGUGCCUUCCGAUGAGUUUUGGCAAACCACCACUGAGAAGAGUUUUGAGAAGUGGAUGAGAAAUGUGAUGGCUUCUGAGACCCCAAGUAGGGCAAUUGACCCUAAACUUGUGGGGAAUGGAUACGAGGAGCAAAUGCUUUUGGUGCUCAAGAUAGCUUGCUUUUGCACUCUUGGGGACCCUAAACAGAGGCCUAAUAGCAAGGACAUUAGGUGCAUGCUGACCCAAAUCAAGCAUUAGCUAGGUUAUGCAUGAGAAAGUGGAAUAAAAUGUAAAAUGUGUACUAGUGUGUAAAAUAAUGCUGCAUGUGAUUUAAGAAUCUUUGCUUUUUGUCUUUUCUAUUUUUGGAAAGUGUCAUUGUAAGCUUUGUCAACAUGAAUGGGAAUAUUUUAACAAAAAAAACAUGAAUUGGAAUAUGUCAUUCUGAUUCAAUGAUUGAAUGAAUGGCAUCUAUUGCAUUAUUAAGUC